AUGGGCAAACAGAAAGGCGGAGACAGCAAGCCUUCUGAUAAGAACGGUGGUGGCAAGUCGGCUAAAGGCAAGGGGAAAGGGAAAGAUGAUGCAACAGAGAAAGACACAAAGGCGAAAGGUGGACAGUCGAUAAAUUGUGAGAAGCAUGCAAAGAAGGAAGAAGCACUCGCCAAGCUAAGGGAUGGUGUGAAAUUCGACGAAGUCGCCAGAGAGUUCUCCGAGGACAAAGCGAGGCAAGGUGGUUCAUUGGGCUGGAAAGCAAAAGGGAGCUUGGAUCCGCAAUUUGAAAAAGUAGCAUUCGAGCUUGAGACAAGCACAACUGCCAGUCCUAAGUAUGUCGAGGUCAAAACGCAGUUCGGAUACCACAUCAUCAUGGUCGAGGGGAAAAAAUAG